AUGUUUUGUGUAGAUUUGGUGACUGCCUCCGCCAACGCCAAUGCCACGGCUAACCUCCUCUAUAACUCCAUGGCCUGCUUCAAGAACACAACCCGCUUCAGUUACACCUGCUUCACUCUUCCAACAACUGUCGCCCCAGCAACCACCCCUGGAGCCCCUGCAUCCACUACUGGAAACCCAUCCACAGCAGAUUUCAGCACUGUAACUGGAGGAAGUACUGUUUCUGGAGGAAAUACUGUUUCCCAACCAACUGGUGCAUCGACUCUAUCAACAUCUGCUGGAGAUGCAAGUACUUCUGGAGGUGCAACCUCACCCUCUGCCAGUUCAGCUGCUGCGGGUUCGUCUUCUGUUGCUCCUUCUUCUGUUUCAACUAAAACCAUAUAG